AUGGACUAUUCUUCAUCUAUUCAUGAUGCUGAUAAUCCAGCAGGAGCAUCGCCAUGGGGCUCAUCGCCGGUACCAUCACCUCAGCAUGCGCGAACAAGCUCCUUUCCAACCUCUGGCGAUGUGCCCCCCUCCCCAACUCCUUACAACCCAAAUGCACAAGCUGCGGGAUACUCGAACGAGGAUAUAAUAGGUGGAGGGGGCUAUCAGAGACCUGAGAGCAGUACCGGGACAAACUCUGUGACGGAGAGCGAAGGGCGCAGGCCAGAUACCGUCGAAUCGGUCCGGAGCCAGACCGAGCAGCAGCCGUUUCUUGCUGGCCAACAGGAGCAAGCGCCGGCACAGCAGCAGUAUCAGGCACAACCUCAUAGAGCAGAGCCUCAAAGAUAUCAUUCUAGCGCGCGACAACAGCAGCAACCUCAGGCGCCCCAAUACAAGCUACAAGCAAAGAUUACAGGCCUAGAGCGAACUGGAAGGAAGGAUCCAAUUCUGAGGUUUGAUAUUCAUACCAACCUCCCCAAGUUUAGAACUACACAAUUCCGAGAUGUCCGUCGAACACACUCCGAAUUUAUCAAGCUCGCCGAUCACCUCGUAUCAUCCAACCCAGAAGCACUUGUUCCAGCAGUCCCCCCCGCGUUAACGUCUGCUGGUGCUGGUACGGACGAAGAUGAAGCUCGAGUAAAGGCAUCCCUUCAGCGAUGGCUAAACUAUGUUUGCGCGAACGAAGUGUUGAUGAAAGAUGACGAGAUGGUUCUCUUUGUAGAAAGCGAUUUUGGAUACAGCCCGAUGUUAAAAAGAAAGCAGCCAGCGACGGGCGUGCGUAGACGGGUCAUCAAGCAAUUUGCACCCCCUCCCGAUGAUACACCAGAGCUACAAGAUGCACGACCUAUCGUGAAGCUUUUUUACCUUGGUACCAUGGAUGCAGGUCACAAGGUUGAUAAGCUUGUCAAGGCUCGAAGGGGUGUUGGUCUUGCUGAGUCCGAUUUCGGUGUCAAGAUUGGUGCCAUGAGCGUUCAAGAACCCCAUUCAGGACUUGCCAAUGCUUAUCGCAAGCUUGGAAAGACCAUUCAGACUACAGGAGACUUCCACGCCGCUCAAGCCACUGCUGAAGCAACCACGAUCGGUGACCCCCUGCAAUAUCAUUCUCAGGACGCAUUCAUCGUCAAGGAGACCCUCACAAAUCGUCAUAUUCUCUUGCGCGAGCUAUUACAGGCUCAGCAAUUAACUCGGAGCAAGCUGAAUGCUGCAGAUAGAUUGAAGGCAAGCUCGUCUGUUCGACGGGAAAAAGUCGACGAAGCAAUUUCCGCAUUAGAUGAAGCUCGAAGUAACGAGCUUUAUCUUGUGGGUAAAACACAGCGGGUGACUGCAAAUCUACUGCAGGAGCAGCGUCGAUGGUUUGCACGGACGGCAGCGGAUUUGAGACUCAGCAUCCGGGAAUAUGUGAUUCGCGAAAUCGAAGCUGAGAGAAGAACUUUGGCAACACUUGAAAGUAUCAGGCCCGACAUCCGGGCAAUCGAUUCUUCCGGUGGUCUUUCACGACUAGGCAGGGAGAAUGUAGGACGGAGAGCCAGUCUGGCGACUAGUCAAGGCAAGAACGGGGAUAGCUGGUCAGGCGUCCCUCGUCGCCCAGAUGUGCUCAGCAGAAGUAUUUCAGGCAGCUUCAUGUCAAAUGUGCCAGAGGAAAAUGAGCAAGACGGCCAGGGUCCCAAUCGGGCUAGAGCUCUCAGUGGUGCGAGUGCUGGUGGGCUCAAAGACGUCAAGGAAGAGGAUGAUGAGGACAGAGUUGACGCCAGAAAUGCCGCUGCUCGUCUCGCGACCUCGUCGUUCUAG